CCUCGCCCGUCCCGGCCUCCCCUGCUUCCUCCUUGUAGGGUUCCUUGCUGUGGUGCGAAAGCGUUAAAGAACGCCUGUGACCUGACCUGUCCACCGCGCCCGCACUCAGGAGAAAGAGAUUGUGUGCGCGCGCGCAAGAGUUAGACCGGUGUUUGGACGCUGGUCAGCUCGCCCUGUGGCAGGCCCCUCUUGCGGGCAUGCUUUCAGGGCUGAGCGAGGGGAAGGCUGUUUAACAUGGAGGCCGUGCCGGGGCUUGCUGGCGAGGAUCCUCACCCCGGAGCCCGGCGGCUGCUCGGCGGAGCGUUUGUGUUCGGGACUUGUGUUAGGGAGAGGCCCUCUUUCUGGUGUCUGAGUGGCAUCGCAGGAUCUCUUUUCCAGGGGGAGGGGGCAAAAUCCCAAGAUGAGCUCUCCUGUCCCCACAACUCUCGCGCCCGCGCUUGAGCGUUCGAAUCGCUGCGCAGCGAGGAAAGCCUUUUGGCAACCGCUCCCGUUACAGGACACCGACGAGAGGGCCAUGUGCUCUGCGCGGCUGGAUAAGGCCAACCGAGAGGCAGCCUUCAGCGAAGCCGUCAGCCGGCUCAUGCGGGUUCCCAGCCGGCUGAAGGUGGCAGUCGACGACCUGCCUCUGGAUCCGACCCAGGACUUUCCCCCGUUUUUCUGGAUGCAAGUCCCUGAAAGGCUUUUGCCGGCAGAAGUGAAGGCUGUAACUUUCCAACCUCUGGCACAGCGACAUUGUCCAUUUGCUGAUGGUCUCUUCCUGGAACCAGCCACCCAUAAAGUCAGUGGCCAGCACACGUUUCUGAGCUUUGCCUCCCAGCCUGGACCUCAGAAGAAUAAACCACUGACAUUUCUGGAUACAACCUGGGGACAGAGGAUGCCAGUCGAGACCCCUCAGGUGGCAAUGGAGAGGAUCAGGCAGAGGCAGGGCAGGCUGGAGCCAAGCACCCUGCCUCCGUGUCCCAGGUUCCCAGUUUUCUCUGGGGAGAGCAGGAUCUACUCCUGGAGGAAUGUCCUUCAAGCACUGCACUUCCUGGGGCUCCAGCUGCUCCAGCUGCUUUGGAAGCCCAGACGUGUCCAAAUCAGUUCCCGGGAGAUGAACCUGGUCUCGGAUGGAUCCCCAGAGGAGUCUGGCACCCCAGAGAUUAUGGCAAUGAGGAGGCAGUUGUCUAACAUUUCUGGGCAACUCCGUGUGCUGGAAGAGCAAAGUGUGAGUUGGCGCCAGAAGGAGCUGUUCAUUUACUCCAUGUUGGUCUCUGCCUGUCUCUUUAACAUGUGGCUGUGGCUCAGGAGAUGACUCGCUCAGGACAACCGUGAAGGAAGAUGAUAUGGUCAGCCGUGAUACUUGCAACCAGCCGCCCGUGUGUGCCACUUAGUGUUAUUGGUCCCUAGAUGACCAGAAGCUUUGCUGUGUUAAGAAGAAGGAUGUGCCCUGGUGGUGAGGGGAAAUGCUGCCCUUCCAGAGAUGUCCUUGAUCCUAGGGAAUGGAGGUGGUGGCCCUGGAGAAGAAGCAGGCGCGUCCCUGGAGCAAAUGGCCUGGAAUGUGGCUUACUUUGCUCUUCCCCUCUGGGGUCAGAGACAUUUGGGCUGGAAUGCUGAUGUCAUCAGUGGGUAUGGAACUGCCUGAGAUGAUGUUUCUUAAAAGCGAGUAUGUUUCUCUACUGCAGCAGGAGAAGGGAACUUUUUUCCCCUCAUCAGGGCAUGAAUUCCUUAAAAGAUCCCAGAUGAGAGUCUUUUCAACAGGAAAAAAAACACAGUGGCCAUAGAACAUGGGACAGUUGGAGGAAGCCUCUUUGCCCAUGCCAAAUGCUUGGGGCUUCUCCCCCAUAAGCUUCAGGUAGUAUGACCAAAGGCAAAGGCAUGUGGGAGUUGUGUGUGGGAUCAGCUGGGAGCGUGAAGUUGCGUCCCUCUGCUUGGAGUCUGCAGAAUUACAACUGCACCGAAGAUGCGUGUCAUCCACAGGCUUGGCCAAUGCUCCUGAGAGCCUUUCCCUGGCCUUCUGCACCUUCUUCUCCCAGCUGUAUCAUCCAGAACAGAGAAGGUCUCCUGGCCACAGGUGUAUCUUGGGAAUAUUUUAUGAUAUUGGGAAUUCUGAAGCUUUAAUAAAACACCUGUUUAGUUAACAGUCCUCCUUGCUUGGGGGUGGGAUGCAAAUACAGUGCCUUGUGGCGUCCUUGCUCCAGCUUUGCUUCUCUGCGCAGCACCUGCCCUCUGGAAUGAGGUUCUCCCCCACAGAUCCCAAAAGCCCCCACCCUGCUGGUGUUUCAAAGGGCCCUAAAGACCUGGUUCUUCGGCCAGGCCCUUGGCGAGGAUGACUGACUCCCCUUUCUUCCCUUCUGUUCCCCUCCGGGUUUGUUUUCUUUGCCGUUGUUGUUCUUUUGAGCUGUUUUUGUAGUGUUCUUUGUUUUAAAAUGUUUUUAACAAGUGUAAACCGCUCAGAAUCACUGGGAGUCAGGUGGCAGAUAAAUGUAAUAAGUCGUUGUUGUUGUUCCCUGCAAUGCCCCUCUUGGGGUCUAGAGGGAGAAAAUGUCUUCUUUCCUAUUUUCACAGUCUUUCCAUGGGGGGACUGGCAUUGGGUGGCCCUCUUCUUCACUCUUUUUCAGUCUCCAAGAAGUCAGAGACAGUAGUCCUAGUACGGCUGUGCUGUGUGUUUAAGAGCAUGAUAAUAUUGGAAUUUGGCUUUUUAGGGGGCUCUGCCCAUAUCCAUGCUGGCCUCUUUUCACAUUCCUCCUGUUUAUUAAUAAUUAAUAAUAAUUCUAACAUUUGCUUCACGUGGGGAUGUGUAGAGAGUAAGGAAGAUGGGCCUGAUGGAGAUAUGCAAGCUCUAUUACCAAAGCAAUGAAGGGUGAAACGUAUCUUAAGUCCACAACAGACAGAAAAUAUGUGGAAGAGGCUGAGACAGACACUGCCCUGGGUCGCAGGAGUAUAAGAAGGGAGAGGAGGUCCAGCACAAUCAGACUUGGAAGAUUGUUAUUAUAGCCACUCUCAAUAAAAAUAGUUUUAGCCUUCCUGUGGAAUUGAUUUCUGGGUCUGGUCUGCCUGGUAGGGCUGACAGGAUGGUUUGUAAUGAUGCCUUCAAUAUCUAAUUUGUAUAUAAUCUUUUGGAACUUUGUUUUUGUACAUGAUAACUGCAGCGAGAUUAUUGUAUGCACAAAGA